AUGGAUAUAAAACCAUUUAUGAGUAUUGUUGUUGCUAUGGAUGAAAACAAUACAAUAGGACAUAAUGGAAAGAUUCCCUGGGCACCAUUACCAACCGAUCAUUAUUGGUUUUUAACACAUUCAACUACUACAAAAGAUCCAUUAAAACGUAUUGCACUCAUUUUAGGACGUAAGACAUUCAUAGAUACUAUUGCGUUCUUUAAAAAAUAUGUUCCUCGAUGGCAUUUUAUUGUUCUUACUCAAGAAUUACCAGGAAUAUUUUAUGAAAAAUAUUCAAAUAUUAAUCGAAAUCAAACAGAUGUUGUAAAUACUAUUGAUCAAGCUGCUUAUCGAGCAAAAGAAUUAAUUGAGACACCGGAUUCUAUGAUUGAAUCUGCAUAUCUAUUUGGUGGCGUAAUUCCAUAUGAACAAGCAUUAGAAAGAGACUAUGUCAAACGAAUCUAUUUAACAAGAAUUUUUGCCAAAGUUCCUGAUUGUGAUACUCAAGUAUCAAAAUUUGAUUUAAAUAAUUUUCAACGAAUAAAACGACCAAAGGAUGAAUUACUUGCUGAAUACGAUGAUAAAAUAAUCGAAGAAAAUGGAUGGACAUAUCAAUUUCAAGUCUAUGAGCGUAAAAAUGUUUAA